AUGUCCUUCAAGGCCAUCUUCGCCACCUCGGCCCUCCUCGCGGCCCAGCUCGUCUCGGGCCACGCAGCCAUCACCAACGCCGUCGGCAACGCAGGCGGCGUCGGCAGGGCGCUGGGCAUCGACUCGUCGACCCCCCGUGACGGCACGCGCCGCAACCCCUUCCAGCAGGACGCCACGCGGUUCCGCGGCGCGUCGGCCAAGACGGUGGGCGAGACGGUGGGCGCCGGCAGCAACGACGUCGAGUCGGGCACGCAGGCCAUCAUGUCCGAGAUGGGCGGCCAGCUCCCGCAGGUCACGCCCGGCGGCAACCUCCAGAUGACGCUGCACCAGGUCAACGGCGACGGCGCCGGGCCCUACACCUGCAUGAUCAACUCGGACGGCACCGCCCAGAACUGGAAGAACAUCCAGGUCACCGAGAACGUCGAGGGCAACCAGCGCGGCCGCAACAACGACGGCAACGCCUCCGACCACCCGCUCACCGCUGCCAUUCCCGCCGGCCAGCAGUGCACGGGUCAGGUCGCUGGCCAGGAGAAUGUCUGCCUGGUCCGGUGCCAGAACCCGGCUCGUGCUGGUCCCUUUGGCGGCGUCGUGCCCGUCCAGAUGGUCCAGGAGGCUGGCGCCAACAACGGCACUGCUCCCAAUGCUGCUGCUCCCAAUGCUGCUGCUCCUAACGCUGCUGCUGGCACGAACGCCGGCACCAACACCGGCAACACUGGCAACACUGGCAACACUGGCAGCGCCGUUGGUAACGCUGCCGGCGCCGGCAAUGCCGCCAAAAAGGGCGCCGCCAAGGGCAACAAGAACAACAACAACAACAACAACAACGCCGCCGCCGCCGACGACGACGACGAGGAGGAGAAUGACAAGCGCAGCAUCGACGCCGGCGCCUUUGUCAAGCGCAUCGACGAAAAGACGCGCGCCGUCGAGUUCACCGCAUAA